AUGGAUUGGUACAAAUGCUUGCAAUAUUCAGUUCAACACCAACUGCAGUUAAAUCUAGAAGACCGUGUGGUAACAGUAUCCAGACUACUGGCCUAUUUAGGAACGUUGGAUGACGAGAUCUCCAAGUUAAGAGAUAGCGAACUCUCAUCCGAGCUCUACACGCCUACCGCUACAGCUUUCAUCACCUUCAAAACACCUCAUUCAGCGCAAGCUUGUGCUCAGAUGGUUACAUCGUGGAAGCCAGGCGUACUAAGUACUCGCAUGGCUCCAGAACCGAGAGACUUAUUAUGGAGAACUUUACUAAGAAGAGGAAGAAAAAGUCGAAUCGCAGGAAUUAUUCGACAUUGGAUUGUAUUUGUGGCUGUAUGGUCAUUGACUAUAUUUUGGCUGUUUCCUAUUACUUUUAUUCUUGGAUUAACGUCCAUUCAAUCCUUGUCAAAUCAUGUUGCUUUUUUAAGAUAUUUUCUGGCUUCGUCGUUAGUCAUAAGGACAUUUGUUCAGAAUAUUCUGCCAACAUUAUUGGUCACUUUGUGCAUGAGCUUCCUUCCUUGGAUUGUUUUGGAGCUUUCAAAAAAGCAAGAUUUUUUAUGUUACUCUGAGUUGGAAGACAGUGUAUUGGGACGAUAUUAUCAUUUUGCUAUAUUCAAUGUUCUUAUAGUAUUUCUCUUGGGCACUACGUUCCUCACUACCAUGUUAGAUGUGUUAUACGAGCCGACUAUGCUCAUCCAAUUGCUUGCCAAUGCUUUACCUCAGGGUGCAAAUUUCUUUCUCAACUAUAUAUUAUUCAACUGCUGUACUCAUGCGAUGGAAUUGAUCCAGCUUGGCUCUCAACUCUUCGGCCAUCUUUUUUUUACACAACCAUUCCUAUCUCGUACGCCUCGCUUACGACUCAAAUACACACAACCUUGGUCCUUCUUAUACUAUUAUUACUACCCUCACCAUAUCCUGGUCUUUGUCAUUACACUAACAUAUAGCGUUAUCCAACCACUCAUUUUGAUCUUCAGUUUAUUUUAUUUUAGUUUUGCUUUGGUUGUCUACCGACAUCAAUACAUGUAUUGCUAUAUACGACGUUACGAAUCUAAUGGCACACGGCAUUAUCGACGUAUGGCCAGAUAUACAUCGGACGGCUUACUUAUCUUUCAAUUGACUAUGGUCGGUUUACUAUACUUGAAAGGCGUCAUUGCAGCUGCCACGGCUAUACUGCCUUUAGUGGUGUUUACUAUUUGGGCAAAAAUGAAAUUACACGGUCUAUUUAAAUACCGUAUGGAUCAUCCACCCGCUGUAAUUGAG